AGGGAGAGUAGAGGGGCACUCAACUUCGCCAAUGGCUGACGCAGCCACCACCCCGCUGCUGACAAGCCAUGAAGCAAAGCCAGCGAAGGCGCCGUCCAUCGACGACGCGAUCGAGACGUACAUCGGCGCCACCGGCGCCACCCAGCUGCUCAAGGCCAUGUUGCUGGCCUUCGCUUGGGCUUUCGACGCGCAGCAGGUGUUCAUGUCCGUCUUCACGGACGCUGAGCCGCCAUGGCACUGCACCGGCGUGCCGGCUAAUGGCGACUCGUCUUGCUCGCCGGCCGCGGCCUCGCCGUGCGCGCUCCCACCCGGCACGUGGGAGUGGGACCGCCCGGCCGAGACGUCGGUGGUCUCGGAGUGGGCUCUCAAGUGCAGCGGCCCGGCGCUUGUGUCCCUCCCGGCGUCGUCGUUCUUCGCCGGAAACCUCGCCGGCGGCUUCCUGCUCACGACGCUCGCCGACACUCAUCUAGGCCGCAGGAAGAUGCUCUUCCUGUCACUGGUGACCAUGUCUCUUGCCGGCGUGCUCACGGCCUUCUCGCCGAACGUGUGGGCGUACGCCGCCCUGCGGUUCGUGAGCGGGUUCGGCAGGUCCAUAGUGGGCACGUCUGCGAUGGUCCUGUCCACGGAGCUCGUCGGGAAGAGGUGGCGCAACACGGUGAGCGCGGCGGGGUUCGUCUUCUUCUCUGUCGGGUUCAUGUCACUCCCGGCGCUCGCGUACACGUUCCGCGAGGCGUCAUGGCGGAACAUGUACGUGUGGACGUCGCUCCCGUCCCUCUGCUACUCCGUUCUGGUCUACGUCCUCGUCCAGGAGUCGCCGCGGUGGCUGCUGGUGCGCGGCCGGAAGCAGGAGGCCAUCGAGGCGGUGCGGCAAAUCGCGUCGCUCAACGGGGGCGGCGGAGGAGGCAUGAUGUCUAGCUUCUCCAUGCUGGACGCGUGCGCCGUGGAGCUCGGCGAGGACAGGGGCGCCGGAGGCGAGGGCCUGUUCGCCACGCUGCAGUCCAUGUGGGAGCGGCGGUGGGCGCUCCGGAGGCUGGCGGCGAUCAUGACGGCCAGCUUCGGUGUCGGCAUGGUCUACUACGGGAUGCCGCUCAACGUGGGCAGCCUGAGCUCCAACCUGUACCUGAGCGUGGCGUACAACGCCGUGGCCGAGCUCCCGUCGUCCAUCCUCUCGUGGCUCUUCAUGGGCAGGUUCAACCGGCGCACCUCGGUGCUCGUGCUCACCACGGCGUCCGGGCUGUGCAGCCUGGCGUGCGUCGUCAUCCCGGGGGAGCGCACCGGCGUGCGCAUGGCCGCGGAGGUGUGCUCCUUCUUCGCGUCGUGCACGGCGUACGACGUCAUGCUCAUGUACUCGAUCGAGCUGUUCCCGACGUCCGUGCGCAACUCGGCCGUGGGGCUGGUGCGGCAGGCGGUGGUGCUGGGCGGCGUGGUGGCGCCCGUGCUCGUCGCGGUCGGCCGGGAGAGGAGCUACUGGUCGUUCGGGGUGUUCGGGCUCGCCGUCGGCUGCCUGGGGCUGUUCGUCGCCUGCCUGCCGGAGACGAGGGGGAGGAGGAUGUCGGACACCAUGGAGGAGGAGGAGCAGCAGACGGAGGCCCCAACGAGCGGCAUGGAUAACAAUGGCGAGCUUGCGUAGAUGGUAAAACUCAUCUUGGCGCCAGCCAUUUGCUGUGCAGGUCGCACUCAGUCAGGUAUGCUGCCAUCAACUUGCAGAAUAUAAUCCAAAUGAGAUUACAAUCCCGCUUACUUAUCAUCGGCCACGCACGAAAGAAGGUGUUAGGUGUACCAGAAAAAGAAAAAUAGAACCAAACAACCAGAAUAGCAUACACACAAAAAUACACACCUUUGUUAUUCGUCGCGAAAAUGAAGUCGAAUCUGAAGAAAAAAAAUAAAAGGCAGGACGAUGAACUGAUGCGAGCAGCAAAUGGAUCUAUUAUUGGCGCGAGCCGCCUCAGCCGUGGGAGAAGAGAACGGCGGUAAGCAAGCCUAGAUGAGCUACUGGAAAUGUUGAUGUAUAUACUGCGUGGAAAGUACUGAAUAGUGACAAAGCCUAUGAUUUGUUAUAUAUUACAAUGAUCCUCGCGGGCUCGUGGGUGUAUUUAUAGCGUAUAUACGAGAUACUAUAUCGUACAAAUUUAGAGUAUAAGAUAAAUAUUCUAUCGUAUCUCUAUAAAAUUUUAUGUUUGUCCCUGAAUA